CCUUUGUGGGAAGUUACCUCCUGUACUCCUGGGGAACACAAGAGUUCGAGAGGCUGAAGAGGAAGAACCCUGCUGACUAUGAAAACGACCAGUGA